AUGUACAUGCAAGACUCAAGCGGCGAGAGCAAAAACUUGGUGGAGCUGGACACCGUGCCCCUCUCGCAGCUCUAUGCAGCAGGGUAUCGUAUGUAUCGCAAAAAACAUCAGGCGGAUCCAAAACAGAGCUUAGCUCUGCCUACCGCCCCCCCAGACUUCGACGGUGAUGCCCCGAUGGAUCCCCAGACGAUUGUUCGGCACGUGCGCAGCCUCGCCAAUGCCUAUAACAGCGUCACUCCGACCCCGUCACCAUUCCUCAUAUACGAGCAGGUAAUCCUUGAUGCGAAAGAUGCCCUCAAGGCAACAACAGAGGAGUCCAACCAGAGCACUGUUCAGCGAAACGAUGACGGGUGCAACUCGCCGGCUUCCCACACCGCGGAGAACUCGAUGGAUGACCUUUUUAUUUACUCCUCUACCUUCCGCUCGCAGCUACAAUCCGACGCACUAAUGAUGUCUGUGAGCCUUUUGAAUGGUAUGCAGUCGCACGUGCGCUCAUUGCAGCUGUUGUAUCAGCGUCUCUUGUCCGAUGUCAACCUCGCCCGCGCGCUGGCGCCGUCUGUUGUGAGCGAGUUGCUCACUCAGCUGGACAUCUCCGUCAAGGAGACGACGCCGCCGUCGGCGCAGGUGAUGGAGCAGUGCGCCAUUGCAGGGCUACUAGUCGGACGGCGUCAUCAACUGAACGAGGUACUGCGCUACACUGACGUUCUAGAGCAGCUCACCAUCGCCUCUUCUAGCAUUGUUCCAGUAGCGGUCCCGCACGCGCGCGAGAUUGCGCAGUCCUUCUCACUUCAUGCUGCGGCCAUCUGUCCCAUCACCUCCCCGAUCGACUGCUUCCAAGAUGAGCCCAUCAAGAUGAAGAUGGUGCUCGGUGAGGGUACAGGUGUGCAGAGGUUUUGUGUGAGCCCCAACCAGCAGUAUCUCGCCACAGUCGGAGCGCAAAGGGUAACGAUGCUACACCUUUCGACUGGCUCCUUGCACGCGGAGCGGGAGCUGCCAGAGGUGGUGACCGGCUGCUGGAAUGUGACGUUUUCCGAGGACUCGACGCACCUGGUCUGCACUGAUGCGAGCGGACUGCACCACGCUGUCCUUACAACAGACCUCGCAACGAAGGAGGAUCGCACGACGGAGUGCGUGUCGCUGGUGACGAACUAUCGCAAAGGUGUGCUGGAGACGACGCCGGCGCCGUUCCUGCCAUCCGGGUCCACUGCGUCGCUGCAUAUGCUCGAGUCCACUGUCAAGGCCUGCGUCGCCUCCUUCAGCCGCCCCUUACCGGACUCGGUGGACUGCUUUUCCCUCUGCGCGCACGCGUACAGCGAUUGCUCUGGCACACUCAUUCGCAUCGUUCCAGACACCGGGGAGGCCCUCUCGGUAGAGUUGAGUGGUAGCUUGCUGCGGUUGCGACAGGGCUCCACUGUGUGUCAAGGUGUGCUGCCCUCCACCAGCCAGUGGUACUUCCUUCACGUACAUUGGAGCAAAGGUGUAUGGGCCGUCAGCGUCAAUUUCUCCAUCGUCGAGCUGAGUGGACCACACUACACGCAGUCGCAGACGAUGAAGAUCAGAAUGGUCGAGUGCCUGCGCUGCUCCGGUCAUUUCGGGUCCAUGGCGGUCUGGGUCGGGGCGAACGGCCCGGCGACGGUACGUCGGUUCUUCCGAGAAAGGGUCGUGGACAGCUCUGUGACGCCGCUGUUUGUGCUCCCCAUGGACGAAGGUACAGGAGUGUGGCUGAAAGAGACGGUGGGACGCCAAUGCGUGCCACUGAACAUCAAGCUCUUCACAUGGGACUCUUCUGUGGUGGUGCCGGUCGCCACGACGAGCCGCUUUGCUGUGCCGCUGGACGAGUGGGUUCUCCUGUCCGGCCGGGUGCUGAAGAGCGCGUACCGCCUUUUCCUCGUGCUGCCACCACUAGAGAAAGGCUCCGACGAUCUUGUGGCGGAGGUGGACCGCGAGGGCAAUCAAAUUGUGCGGGUGUAUCAGUGCCCACGCUCGUGCAGCGAGAACGCGUACGCCAUGCUUAGCGACGAGUCUGAGCUACUCGUCUAUCAGCAGCGCUUUUCCACCUUCAGCUCUGUCCGCCUCUUUACCCGCCGCCGAAUGGAGAAGGAGUUGGCAUUGUGCAACCCAAAUGGGUCGUGCCCGCCUGUCGACUCAGCGCCGUGGCUCUUGCAGCAAAUAUACCGCUGCAUCUACACUGAGAGCUACGAACUGGAGCGCAUUCUCCCUGAAAACUCUCCGCUGUCCUUUGGCACACUUCGUUCGUUGGCCCAGGCUCUGCGGCAAGUGAAGCCGCUCACGCCACCGCUGAAGGUUUUGGCGUUCAUGUCGCUGACUUUGGUGCAUUUCCGUCGUCUUGCUACGCUUAAUGACACCCGCAUUGCGGACAUUGCCGCAUCGCUGAAGACGUCGUGCAGCGCCAUCAUGAUGCUCUUCACGGAGAAGACAUUCUUGGAGGUGACACACAAGCUCUACCAAGUCGCGACCGCGUGGUCCCUCACUGUCGAAGACCAGGCAGAGAUGCUUCUGCGGAUGAACUCCGGCGAGCACACCGAUCUGCAGUGGAGCUACUUCUCUCGUGAGCGCGUCUACACCGUCAUUCAUCACAUUGUGCAGCACCGUCCAGAAGACGUUGUAUCAGCUGCAAAGAAUCUGCUGCACCAGUGUGAGCGGGAGGUUGCCAGCGAUGCCGGCGAACUGAAGCCGGCAACGCAUCUUAUGACGUCUUUCGUGCUUGCCGUCAUGACUACCCUGCCCUCACACGCCGCGUGCAAAUCGGAGGCGUACGUGAGCCAGCUUCUGGAGCUGUUUGUCGACUACAUGUGUCGCUGCAAGUCCCUCUUCACCCCUGCACGAGUCGACGAGCAGUCGAACUCAGUCCUCCUCACCGGCGUGCUGCCGAUCUUCGUGACUGUGGCGAGUGUGUUCCCGGCAGCUGUGUCUGUUGAGACCCAAGAGCAUCUGCUGGAGCUGUAUAAUCGCCUGUGGGCGGUUCAGGCGAGUCCAAAGCAGGUGGUAGCCUUCUCUACCCACGAGGCGUACGACAUGUACGUGUCGAACAAGGAGGACACCGGCAUCUGGCGCCUGUUUCUUGACUUCUCCACCGCACGAAGCGUCUCACUCAUCAAGGAGGUCAGCAGUCCACCCGUAUUUGUGACGCAGUCGGAUGCAUCGAAUGGUAGGCCUGACAACACGGUAUUGGACGAGACGAGCACCUUCAAGAAGUUGGACGGUGGCGAACUUCACAUUCACGGCAGAGGUGAAAACAGCUUUACGGCCAUCGCACAGUACGAGUUUGUGCUGGAUGUUUCCCUGGCCUCCGUAAUGCGGGAGGCAAUCUUGCAAGUGCUGCUGGCCGCCGCUGCGCAGCUCAUGGAGAAGCCGCCGACGUCGUCUGAGGUUGUCAUUGCACCGUUGUUUCGCUACGGGCUCACCACAAGUGUGUUGGCGGCUCACAACGUCGAGGUGCGCGGUGUAACGCACGAAAACCUCUUCGAUUUUCCGCUGCGCGUUCUGGAGGACAGGGACGAGGGCAAGGAGUUUGUGGAUGAGGUGAGCAAGGCAAUGCGGGGGUCCAUUGUUCCUUCAAUGCGUCCCGCUAUCCGCGCGCUGCUAUCGAUCCUUCUGCAUUGCGGACUAACACGCGGACAAGCGGAGGACGAGCUGAAGCUGCGAUGGUUCAGCGGAGAGUGGAGCACAAAGCUUCAGGGCGCCACAAAGGAGGAAACAAUCGUCUUCCUCACAUCGCUGGCGCGAUGGAUGACGGAGUGCGUUUUCUUCGAGGGAGACGGCACGACACCGAUGUUUGGCCGCCGCACCUCGAUUCGGCUCGAGAGCUCCCUGAACGGAUCGAGGUCACUCUCAGAGCGGCGGGGAUCGACGAGCUCGCGCCGAAGUGUCGUGAAGCUGUCCUCGCAGAAUGACUCUCUGGAGCAGGUGCGCUUGUUGCUGGUGAAGGGGAUUACGCCGCUCAGGAUUCAGGAAGACUUGAUCAGUCGUGCGCGCGCGGCGCAGAACAUCGAAAAAGGCCUUCAGUUGCUCUCACGUCUGGUGCAGGUCAACCCGGCCGGACUGACAGAGGACUUCAUGACGAAAGUGCUGCGCGUACUAUGGGCCUUCACCUGCACUGACGACUGCCAGCACUUCAUGGAAGUGCUGCGCGGCGCUGGGGUCGAUGCGGAGAUGGCUGUACGUCGCGCCUUCCACGGCGUGCUCCACAGCUUUUUCGCGGUACUCAAGAACUCGUCGAACGCGGUUGGGUACCGCGCUGCCCUGACACAGGAGGCUUUCCAAGGGCGUGCGCUCAUGCUCUUUCAUGCCAUCUUGUGCCUCCCAUGGGAUGAGGCGGACUGUGAAGACUUCAAGCGCAGCUUUGAGACGGAGAAUGACAUUCUAAAGUUCUUGGAGAGCCAGAUGGGCUCGCCAACAGCGCUGGCGGCGCUAACGUCACCGUGGCGACUACGGCACGAAGCAGCUCGCUCCGCUGAGGACAUGACAGUGGUUCAGGAGCAAGCGGUGCGGACGGGGCUCCUCAGCGCGGCCGAUUUCACUUCCCUUAGCCGUGUCUUUCCAAACGGCUUUUCUGUCGUCAUUCCCACAAUUCAAACGGCACGGUCGCAGUUUGGGGUGGCGAUGGAGAAGGGCUCUGGCGCCGCCGUGCUGGUGCGCGCUGACGAGGGGUGGCAGCUAAACUGGAAGGAGGGGGUCCCGCGGGUUUAUUACUACGAGGUAAAGAUCAACUCUCCCAUUGGCAAGUUUGACGUGGGCGUACAGCUGCCCCGCACGGAGCUUGCCGUCCGCGGCGAGGACCUCUUUUUCUCCUACAGCAGCCUGGGCGACGUUAACUGGGGUGAGCAGGCGCAGCUGCCGCCUUUCACGGAGGGGGACACCGUUGGCUGCGGUAUCGUAGCCACUUCGCGUCUUCUGUUCUACACACUCAAUGGCCGCUUUCUCUCCUUUGCGGGUGGCGUCAGCGUGUCCACUAAUGUCACUGCCGAUAGCGCACUACUGUACCCUGUCAUCUCCUUCGACGAUGGAAGCAUGGUGCGCAUCGCAGUGAACUUUGGCACGAUGCCUUUCGCAUAUGACUACCGCCAGCUACACCCGGCUCUGACGAUCGCCAAAGGUCCGACUUGGUAUCGCAUCACUUCCACCGCGGAGAUGGUGCUUCACCAUCUGACGGCUCGUGUGUGCGCUGUGCAGGAGUCGAAGAGCCACAGCGCCCGUGGCGCGCUGACGCAGGUGUGCAAUGUGGUGUGUCGCCAUGUGAACAGCGUCACGUCAUCACUCAUGAACAUUGGCAUUGGCGGCUCCUCGAAUAGCAGCUCAACGACGCGCGUGCAGCAGGCUGUGGCGCUAAGCGUCGCAGAGCACUCGAUCAUGGUGCUCAUUUCCAUCAUUCGGCACAUUGCCACGCACGGUAUUCUACCGAGUGAGCACAUCAGCAACAUGGUAUUCGACGCCGUGUCCAUUCUUAUGCUGCUGCCACUGCAUUCUGUCCAGAUCGCAACCAUUGGCCUGCUGCCGGACGUGAUUGUGCACGUCAGAGAAGUCCCCGACAGCAAGACUGCCGGGAACUUGGUGUCUACGCUUUUCGAGAACGCUACCUGCGCCACCGAUUGCGAGGACGUCAUCCCGUUCGUACCGAUGUGGUGCGAGUGCGACGCGAGCGCUAUGGCAAUCGUGAACGUGCAGCACGCACACAUGCUACCCGACGCGCAGCGCAGCAUUGUGCUGGGCAACGUGCUUCCCCGCACUGGAAUGGUGUCCUUCUCUGUCAAGGUGACGAGGCGCAACAUGUCGAAGGGGCACUCACUGAAGGGUGGUUAUUUUAUCGGAGUCUCUGUGGCAAGGCUCAGCCCGCUGACGCCGACGAGCAACUCGCAGAGCUGGAAGGCUGUGAACCCGCCCAUUGUGUGGGCAAUCCAGGACACAUCGCCACAGCUACCGCAUGCCACAAACCCCACCGUCAAGCUCAACAACUUCCAGCGCACCUUUGGCAACGCCGACUCCAUUCGUGUCGUGGUGGAUCGCGACAAGCGAUGCAUCGACUUCUACCGUGAGGGUGAGUUCCUCAAGACGCUCUUCAGCGACAUUCCAGAGGACACUGACCUGGUGCCGUUUGUGCAGCUCUACAACGAUGACGCCGCCGCGGCGAUUAGUGCCGGCACGAUGACAGCCCCAAUCACCGGGCCAACACUCCUCGGUGUGGUUUCGGUCGACGUGCUGCGCUCUAUGCUGACCCUUGACCCCUUCCAAGACCUCGUUGCAGAGCGUCUAUGUGAGGAGCUGAGUCUGCAGCAGUUCCCCAAGGUGACGCUCUCGAUCUUCAAGAGCGUGCCAGACCCACGUCUGCUGCAGCUACGCAGCUCUGCGGGAGAGGAAGUGACAGUGACGGUGUCGCGGCUGAAUGAUUUGCGCUGCAAGUUCGCUCUUGGGGGCAAAACAAACUACGAGCAUCUCUGUAACAUGCGCACGCCAGCCAAGCCGCGCACGGUGUGCACCUUCGACACUGUUCUGCCGACCUCGCGUCUGACGGGACUGUCGCGCUGCAUUGGCCACCUCAUCGCCGCUGCAGAGCGCAUGGUGAUGCCACGCAUCACGACUGAGGCGCUCUGCUGCACUGAGCAGGAGGACCGCUGCAGGGUUGUGCUGGAGGAGAAGGAUCACUGGGACUUCCUCUUUCACGGGCUGCGCGUGGGCAGCUUCAUCACGGUGUUGCGUCGGCUGCCCUCCAUCGCCGCCAUGCACACGCCGCCGAUCCCGCACGACUACACGUUCUCCGCGGCGCUCUCCAACCCGGGAUUUUCAAUGCCUUCGCACUACUGCGGGCGCCUGGCGACAGUGCCGAAUGGCGCAAAAGGGGUCUCCACGCCGUUCAUCGCGAUCGCAGAGCCGUCCAUUCCGACUGGGGCAAAGCUUAGCAUCCGAUGCCAGCUGAUUCGCGGCAAUCAAGGCCAGAUCCUCGGUGGGGGGUACUACUUUGGCGUUUGCACGUCGACCUUUCACUGGAAACACAAGGACUUGAAUGCGCACACAGCCGAGGUGUGGGCACUGCAUGAUAUGGAUGACUCACCCUGGCGACUGCGCCACCUGCGCACCGACGCUUCGUUUCUGGUGGCAGCGGAGCCGCGCUGCAUUAUUGUCAGUGGCGACACCAUUCGACUUUACAUUGACCGCGCCGCGCGCACUAUACAUGCCUUUCGAACGCCGGUGAAUGGAGAGGAGAUGCCUCUCGGUCUCAUCUUUGACAACCUACCGAUCGACGGUGUGCUGUACCCUUUUGUGAACCUCUUCAACACGGACGCGGUGGCCGUCUUACUGCCCUCCAACAGCACCGCGCCAGCUAUUCGUCUUCCUUGCCAGAAGCUUCAGUACGCGCUCUGCACUACUGACGAACGUAAGGGGUGUGACGGGUGCAACUCGAACCUUGCCGAUACGAGGGUGUCCGGCUGCUGGUUUAAGUGCAACGAGUGCGCUGACUACACGCUCUGCUCGAACUGCUUCUUGACGUGUGUUCACUCGAACCAUAGCUUCACCAUGAUGGAUGGCUCGCCGAUUGCCUACUCGACCACCACACCUGCUACGGUCGAGCGUGGCACGGAGGUGACAAUACCAGCCGCAACGGUCAUGUACCUGCGUAGCAGCGGGUGCCGCAUGCUUGAGGCGAAGAUGAACUGUGUCGUUGAGGCGGUAGAGGACAACGCUUUCUGCGUCUGGGGACUCCUCGGCCAAGGUGACUCGGAGUCUUUCUCUGCUGUAAUUGACACCGUCGACGGAACCCCUCUCUCACCGGAUGCGCCGGUGUUUGUGGGGCUUGGCCCCGCACAGGAGAUUGUCCAGUCGACGCGCGAUAAGCUGCGCGACAAGUGCCUCGCGAACGUUUCUACCAUUGCGACGUACUGCAGCGACCCGUCGCUGAGGCAGCCGCUGGAGAAUCGCAGCAGAGACCCGUACGGGUUCAAGCGCGGCUCACGCAUCACCCUCACGUACGACGCCGUCGCAGGUAGGAUCGCCAUCUCGCGCGACUGGGUCGUGGUUGGCACAAAGUCUGUGGCGCUGAAGGAUAGCGAGAGCACCGUGCAGCCGAUCGGCUGCUUUGUGCUGUUGGGCAAGAAGGGUACCACCGCUUCUAUCUUCCCAGAGCGCGCGUGCACGUUGACGACGACGGUGGAGGAUGUGAGUGGGAAUAUUCUCAAGACAGUCGGCCGAGACGGUAGCGUUUGGUUUGUGACACGCGAGAAUUGUCGCCUUCCGUUGACCCCGUGCCGCGGCCUGUAUCAGAAGAGCAGCUUGGGGUACGUCUUGAUGGACCAACGUCUCGCCCAGUGCCGCCGGAAGAGCUCGGACAAUCGCCUUAUCCAGGUGCAGGUGCUGGAGACAGAGGAGGUGGUGUCGGUGCCGGCGCUUCACUACCUCAUCAACGAGAGUUGCGCCAUCUCCGAAGAGUGGUUCCUCUGCCGGCGUGACCGCAACGAGGGCGCAACGGUGGAGGAAGGGUUUGUCCUGUCUCGCCUCCUCCUCAUCCUCUCGUGUCUAUGCGAGAACGAAUCCCUCUCCCACCUCGUCUCAUUCCAUCAGGAGCGGCUGCUCAGCAUGACGAAGCGCUUAGCCACAGUCCACAUUGAGAACGACGCGCCGGUCGAGUUUCUAGACGAAAUUCGUGCUUCCGUCGCCUCCACCGCUAACCGGCGGCGGUGGGCUCUGGAGAAGCGGCGCAUUGCUGCGUUUGUGCCAGUCCUCAAUACAGACGAGCGCAAGCGACGGUUUCGCAACGGAACCCUCCUGCACACGAUCGACGGCGGAGACAUCUUGGAGGUGACGUUCCGGCGCGGCGAGGUACUUACGGUGCGCAACACGCGCGACGAGUCGGUGUCAAAGGUGUCCUAUCGGAGCUGCGUGCCGCUGAAGCAGUGUGGGGGGCGGCCCUGGUACACUCAGCAGAACGGGCUGCCGUGCAGUCUUUAUGAGCACACGGUGCGCCUCAGCGAUCCCGCCACGGCCUCCGAGAGCGUGCCGCUUCAGGACGAGUGGGUGGGUGAGGUAGUCUUCACACGUGCCGCCAAGUCGCUUACAGUGUCGCUUGCACCAUCCGGUAUCGGUCGCGCCGACAUUGCGCAAGGCACAACUGAGGAGACGCGGUUGAUUGUGGUGUAUGAGCACAAUAGGUACUCUCGUGUGGUGCGCCUCUUCAUGCUUCUCUAUAACGCCGACCUGCAGUGCAGGCUUGAACAGUUCGUGGCCAGCAGCGGUGAAGGAGGGCGGGGGCUGGCGCGUGGGUAUGAGGAGGUGAUCGACUUUCUCAGCAACGCCGCCGCGUCUGUGCACGACAAACCGGUGGCGGCUGGGCCAGACGUGUACUUCAGCAUGAUGGGCUUUCUCGACGCGGAGGGCCUGCGACUGAAGGGUGUCUUCCAAUGCCACCAAAGCAAAGGCGGUCUCUUCACCCUGAACUCGUGUCGUCGAUUUGUUCUGCUCUCGUCGGUGUCAGAUCGGUGGGCCGUGGAGCCACUGCCAAACUGCCUCGAUGCGUCGAUUCCCCCGGCGCCGCAUCGCGAUAUGCGGGAGUCCACCCACCGUCUUGUCGUGCUGUUGGCGCGCCACUUAUACCUUGUCACCUGCAGUGAGAUCGAGCGCAGGCCCGCCGAUUUCCUCGACCAUAUUUUUGUCUUCAUCAACCACCCGCUUGCCGACACGCUCGUGUGCAAGGGCAGCGGCAUCCAUCAGCUGAGUGUGAUGCUGAGCGAGGUGAACAUACGCAUCACCGACCCCAGCGUGCAGCCGUGGGAUGUCAUCUCGCUUGCCCGUCUCGCGAUCAAGAGCCUCUUGCUACGCCCCGAGACGAUCAACAACGUGCGGGAGCACUUAUUGUGGGACUGCCUGCAUGGUGUUGUGACGGCGGCCCACCGCUGCGGUCGCUACCACCGCCAUGAGCUGCUUCGAAGCAUCACCACCUUUGUACAGACGAGGCUGCAGUACACUAGCAUCUAUCAGCAGCUCUUCUCUACGCUGUUUUCGUACGUGGAGCGGUGGAUGGUGGCGCUGCCGGAGGCUAAAGAGGUGAAAAAAGACAUCGCAGCAGGCGUUGACCUCCUGCUUGUCCUCGGCAGUCCAUUGGACGAACAGGUGCGCAAGAUCCCCGUAGCUCCUCUGCAGUGCCUCAUCGAUAUGUGGCAGUCUGUGACAGCCGAUGUGGCGCUCCCGCGCGUCGUGGAUGAGCUUCACCUGGCUAUCAACCCAGAAAGUCCCCCAAUAGACACACUCUGCACCUUUGGUGACUACGUACGACAGGAGCUUAAGGUGGGAAAAGUGCGGAGUACGUGCGGCACGACCGGAAAGGGGCAUUACUACUACGAAGUGACGCUGCCGGACCGCAUCACAUCAGCCUACGCGGUCGGCUGGGGAACGGCGGUGCACAACGAGGUGCCAGGGCAGCACGUAGGGAGCGACCGCAACAGCUUCGCGUACAAUGGUACCGACAUCAACACCCGAGAUGGGAAGGAGGAGUACAAGAUCCAGACGGAGAGCAUCCCUGGCACUGUUGUGGGGUGUCUGCUCAACACGGAGGAGCGGACGGCGGCUUGGUCCCUGAACGGGGUGCUGGGUCCUUUCAUCUCGAUUCCUAUCGCCUUCACGAGCAAUACGCCACUCUUCGCUUUUGCCUCGAUCGGCACGUGCAGCGGCAUGAAGGUGCGACUGCGUGCAAACGAGUUUGAGUACGCGCCAGACGGCUACACCGAUCUUUCCGGCCGUUUUGCGCGUCCACUCGUGGACAGCUACAACCGCGGCCAGCGGAGCGUGAUGGACCGGCAGUCCUAUGCAUUCUACUCACAGCUUGCUUCCUUUCUCUCUGACGUGGAGAAAUACCUGGACGACCAGUCGGUGCAAAACUACAGCACUUCUAUGUCGCAGUUGCCCGAGGAUCCGUACAGGCUAUUCGUGCACACCUAUCCGCUGCUUCAGUUGUACCCCCCGUCCGCGCUGCAGAAAUUUGCGCAAGUGAUUGCGGUGACAGAAAGCUGCAUGGCCACAGCGAACAACUUCGUUGACCUGGACGAGGAAACUGUCACAGGGACGCUGUCGCAGGCCUUUCUGUCGAUGAAGGGGCUUGUCCGCCGCUCCUUUCGACAGCGUCUGCUGGUGACCGUAGCCCCGCUUGAGGCGGUGAGCACGGCCCCCACGAUCUUCGUGCGCGUAACGGAUCUGUACUCCAGUCUACCGCGCACCACGGAGAGUGCGCUACGGUACUCCAUUCUCGCGCAGCUGUACAGGCAAAUCGGAUUUUUAACGGAGGAACAGUGGGUGGUGUCACCGCUUUUCAAGGUGAACCUGCACAUCAGCGGCUCCGGCCACAUCCCGGUCGACAUGGGUGGUCCGUACCGGCAGCUGUGGACCUUCCUGGCAUUCGAGAUGAUGCAGCACCCUGACAAGUGCUACCCCAACUCUGAUUUCCAUCGAAACCCCCUGUUUGUGUUUGUGAAUAAUUCGCAGCGCAUUUCACUGGUGCCGGAUAGCCAGGCAAACUCCAUCUACGAUCUCAACCUCUUCACCUUCUUCGGCAAGAUCAUGGGGCACUCGGCGCGUGCCAAGACCCCACUCGACAUCGACUUUUCGCCGUUUUUCUGGAAGUUUCUGGUUGACGAUGAGCUGACGAUCAAAGAUUUUUAUACCCACGUAGACAGUGUCGUGGAGGCCACUGUGAAAGAUGACAACUUCCUCUUGAGUGGCGUUGCAGACGAGCUGAUCCCCGGCUUUGCGGAAAGCGUUGAGUGGCUGGACAACGACGAUAGCGACGAGGUGGCCGCACAGCAGCGGCGCACCAUUGCCGAACGUUGCCUCGUGCACUCGAUGGAUGAGCAGCUUAACGCUAUCCGUAGCGGCCUCUGGAAAACACUCUCGCGCCGCGUUGUGCGAUGUCUCUCGUGGCGGGACCUAGAAAAUUUGGUAUGUGGUGAAACGAAUCUCACACUGCCCGAUUUGCAAAAGUACAUCCGCGUGCAGUUGACUGGGAGUCGCGAAGCACACUUCUGGCAAAUUGUUGAACAGCUCUCGAUGGAGCAGAGAGCUUCGCUGAUCUGCUUUGCCUCUGGUCAGCGCCGCCUGCCUCUUAUCCGGCCCAUCAUGGUGGCUGAGAACAACGAAAGCGUCGACCACCUUCCCCGCGCUCAGGCAUGCGGGUCACUGAUAACCAUUCCGCAGUACACCUCGCUGGAUAUGUUCAAGGAGAAGCUCCUUGUGGCGCUUCAGCACCAGAUGGAGAUGGAGCUGGCGUGA